CCUCCCAUUGGCACGGGAAGACCUCGGCCUGAUCGCGGACGACCAUCCAAAGAAGCAAUUCCAGACCUCCAUCAUCCCCGCCCACGAAAAGCAUCCAUAAUCCUCAUACAAAUCGCCGCUGGUCUCCCUUCGCCUGCAGAGAUCGCUGCUGGGAGGCCACUCGUGCCUCCGCUCCCACCUCCCGCAGGCUCCGUGUGUGGGUCCGAUGAGUGGAGAGGCAGCCGUCCGCUUGCGGAGCUCUGAAUGCUGAUGGGCGCUCAAAAGAGCAUUCAUGCCGGUAAAGCUAAGAUAGACUUCAAUGUGGACCUUACUCAGAAGCUGUGUGUUGCCCUCUUGUUGCCCCAUAUCAGGCAAUCUACCGAUCCCUUCUCGCAGGUUAUUGCGAGACUUUCCAUCAAACACCCCAAUCUCUUUGGAAGAAACGAAAAAUUGGAGGUACUGUGGAACAAAGGCCUCGAUGAUUCAAACAUUCUCAUAGCAUUCAGGCGCCCAAGGCCUGAUUGGACGUCACAACAGUCGUUUACCAUUCAGUAUUCAGUGACUCCUGAGACUGCAGUGCAUGGGUUGCCUGUUGAUCAUUUCUCUCACUCAGGGAGUGGGAGUGUCAAUCUAUGCCGCUUCUCAGCAGGUGUUGAUUUCAAUGAGCCUUCUACUUCCCACUGGAGCAGCACUACUGGCAUCAAAUUUGAGCAUGUUCAUCCAAUCAAUAAUGAUGGCCAUAUGAUAAGCAGGGAUGUUGAUGGAUUUCCCAUAACUUCCAGUGGAAACACUUAUGAUAAUAUGGUCAUUCUGAAGCAGGAAGCCCAAUGUGCAAUUGCUAGUGAUGAUAGUUUUACAAGAUUAAAUUUUCAAAUGGAACAAGGACUACCUCUUUUGUCAAAGUGGCUUAUUUUCAAUCGAUUCAAAUUUGUUGCUUCGAAGGGAUUUAAAUUGGGCCCCACUUUUUUGGUCACGAGCCUGAAAGGUGGUUCGAUUGUAGGGGACAUGGCACCAUACCAAGCGUUUGCCAUUGGUGGAAUUGAUAGCGUUCGAGGUUAUGGUGAAGGCGCAGUUGGCUCUGGAAGAUCAUGUCUGGUUGCUAAUAGUGAAUUUACAAUUCCUGUGACAAAGGAACUGGAAGGAGCCAUCUUCAUGGACUGUGGAACUGACUUGGGCUCUUCUCGGCAUGUCCCUGGUAAUCCUGCCCUUAGGCAAGGAAAGCCUGGGUUUGGAGUUGGUGUUGGAUAUGGUAUUCGCUUCAGCUCGCAUUUGGGUCAGCUUCAGGUUGACUAUGCGAUGAAUGCCUUCCGACAGAAGACUGUUUACUUCAGCAUCAACAAUGUUAGCUCAUGAGGUAUUUGUUUCAAGUCUGAGAUAUCCUUGUCAAGUAUUCUUUCUUGAUUUGCUAGUUUUAGGAAGAAACAAGAAGGCUGGUAAGAAGGUGGAAACUUCUCCAUCAAGAUCAUUUUAUGUUGUGAACAAGGAGCUUUGUUGGUUCGAACUGGUACAUAUCGAUCGGUAUAUAUUGGUUAAUGAUCCUUGCAUGAAAUAGACUUGGUAUCACUUGUGUUUUUAGUUCUUUUUAUUAGGAUUACCCUCCUCUCUCUCUCUCUAUAUAUAUAUAUAUAUAUAUAUAUAUAUUUACUUGCACUCGUCUCUUAGGUCAUGUAUUAGUCCGUCUGAUGCUUCCGUUUCUCCUCCGUGGCCAUCUUCUCUUCUCAUUUUUCUCUUCUUGGUGUCGUCUUCGUCUCUCUCUGCUUGCACUCGUCUUUCUUCUCAUUUUUCUCCUUUCGUCUUCUUCUCUCUCUACGUGGACUCAUCUCUUAGGCCAUGUAUUAAUCUAUCCGAUGCUUCUCUUCCUCCUCCAUAGCCAUCUUCUUUUCUCAUUUUUCUCUUCUUGGUGUCAUAUUCUUCUCUCUCUGCUUGCACUCGUCUUUCUUCUCAUUUUUCUCUUCUUUGUGUCGUCUUCUUCUCUCUCUGCUUAGACUCGUCUCUUAGACCAUGUAUUAAUCCAUCCGAUGCUUCUCUUCCUCCUCCAUGACCAUCUUCUCUUCUCAGUUUUUUUUUCUUUGUGUCGUCUUUUUCAAGGUAUGCAAUACCGUACCGUAUCGAUGUUUCGAGAUUGGUUCAGUAUGGUAUGGUACCGUGUACUAAGUGGUAUACCAGGACGUACCGAAUAGUACAUCAUAGUGUAUCGAGCGGUACACCUAAUUUUAAAUAUUUUUUUCUCUCUACUGUAGUACUGCUUUAGUGUAACACUGUAGCACGUUAGCGGUCCAUGUAUCGGUAUACCGUCGGAUCGGUACGUAUCGUUCAAUUCAAAAUUAUAUACCAUGGUCUUCUUCUCUCUCUGUUCGUCGGUACCGUAGCAUGUAUUGAUAUACCAUGUGUUUAUACGUCAAGCAUGAAUUGGAUUUGUAACGAUCGAUUAUCGAUCAACACAUAUCCUUAGUUUAAGCUCCUGCAUUUUUAUUUAUUUUUAUAGUAAAAUAAAAAAAGAAAACAAUUAGAUGAUUCAGAUUUGACUAUUCAUAAAACACAAGCAGAAAAUGGUCAUUUCAAUAGCCUAUAAAUGAAGAUCCACAAACACCAGCAAAUUCACUCUAUAAAACAACACAAGGAUCAGAAGGAGACACCACCACAAACACAACUACGCUUCAGUGGUUUCAGGACUCGAACAUCCAUCCACAUCGGGUGGCAAUCAGAAGAUCUUGUCGUGCUGGCCGGUGAGAGUGUUCUUAAGGUCCGAGUACAGUCCAUAGAGGGAGUACUGCUGCAGCUUGGAAACCUCGUACCAUGAAUUGAGCACAGCAUCAUGCUUGUCUGUGCCUGAGAAUGCCAACUGAAUCCCUAUGCUGCAGUCCACAGAGCCACCCUGGCCUUUGCAGUUGGGAGCUUUGAUGGCGCAGCCCUGCUCCCUGAGACACACAAACGAUGACUUCCCUGAACAUGAAGAACAGCUACCUGUCUUCCAAUGCAGAUCUUGAAGCGUGCCCUUGUGGAAUUCAAGCACCUACAUAUGGACAACAAGAUGGAAGGAAUGUGAUUGCUGCUGUUCUCGGUGAUUCAGAAGGCGUGAAGCAUACCAGUGUGAAGCUGGUGAUGGCAUAUGAACUGUUGCCAACAAAGACGGGAGAGGACCUUGCUGCAUACUUUCUGCCGGCAAAUGCCACCAUGAAUCCACCACUAUUGAUCUGGAAAGCAAAGAAGUAGUUGUCUGGUUAAUGAUUGAUUGAUGUAUUUGUCUAGCGAUACAAGAACAGAUUUAAUGUGAUAUUCGAAGUGAAAUUAAGCAUAUUUAUCA